UUUGAAAUUGCGACGUAUAAGAAAAAUACGGGGAGGUUUUUUGCUGGCUUUGACACGCUAAGUUAUUUGCGUAUCGUCGGAAUUCAUCUGAACACGGCUUCAGCAUUUCAAUGUAAAAACCAAUAUUGGAGUCCAGACAAAUCAAACGAAAUUUCUUUUCGAAUCUUGGAAGCAAUUAGCGAUCCCGUGGAUAAUUUGGUCACAAUAGAAAAAGAUAGAGCUCAAAAUCUAAGUUGCAGACGGCCGCCAAUCAGAGAUCACAUCCAAUGGCUCAAGGACGGACAAUCAUUUGAAUCAGAUCAAAUACUUUUGACACACGAUUUCUCCAAAGUGUCGCUUAAAGGAAGUCUGGAAGAAGUCGGUACGUACACGUGUCAAUGGGAAAAUACCAUCGGUGAAGUGAGGUAUAGGAAUUUUACCGUGUACUUCAAUGACACGCCGACGGAAAACCUGGACAAGACGACCAUCCUCCUAACUAUUAUUUUAUUGGUUUUAUUUCUGAUUGGAAUUGGGAUCGGCGUUAAAAUCUGUUUGGAUCGGCAGAAGAAAAAAUCUUUUAUAGGUGCAGACGAAUUAUUGAAGGGAAAGACCACUGAAAUCAAUGACGACAUUCCCCCGGAAUAUCGAAUUGAAUUUUCACCUUACGACAAACAAUGGGAAUUUCCGAGACAUCGCCUCAAACUUGGCGAUCAACUGGGAGCUGGAUGUUUCGGUCGGGUUAUGAAAGCCGAAGCUGUGGGACUAAAAGACUCGAAUGAAACUGUUAAAACGGUGGCAGUUAAAAUGGUCCGAUCCGCAACUAACGCUGCCGAAAUGGAAGCUCUAAUCAGAGAAUUGAGAAUCUUGAUUUACCUUGGAUCGCACAUUAAUGUCGUAAAUUUAUUAGGAGCCUGCACAAAAAGUGUAUCCAGAGGAGAACUGUUGAUCAUCAUUGAUUAUUGUCGAUUCGGAAAUGUGCAAACCUAUUUGAAGAACUGUCGGGGCAAUUUUAUCAAUCGAGUGGACAAACAAGGUCAGCUGAAAAGCGAAAUGGAAGUCCAAUCGACGAAUGUGCCAGAUUGCACUUCAUCUGACACAGACCAAACUGCAAGGACAUCGAUGUCAUUUAAAUCCAUCUCUGACCGAUUAUACCCACCAGAUUUCUCGCAACAACAACAAGAUCCAAAUUCUAUUUCAAAUCAAUGCAUUUCUACAAGAGAUUUAAUAUCCUGGUCUUAUCAAAUAGUUCGGGGGAUGGAUUAUUUAGCCAGCAAAAAGGUAAUCCACGGAGAUUUAGCUGCUCGUAAUAUUCUGCUGGCCGACAAGGGAGUGGUCAAAGUAUCAGAUUUCGGAAUGGCCAAGAAAAUGUACUACAAAAGCAAUUGCGUGAAAGAAGGGCAGUGUCCAAUGCCCAUCAAAUGGAUGGCCAUCGAAUCCUUGACGGAUAAAAUAUUCUCCAGCCAAUCAGACGUUUGGUCCUACGGAGUCCUGUUAUGGGAACUAUUUUCACUAGGAAAAGUUCCUUAUCCAGGAAUGGAUGUUGCUCACGUUCUCGUGAAGGAAAUACAGGAAGGAUAUCGCAUGGAAAAACCUAAUUUCGCACCAAAUAUUUUUGGAAAAAUAAUGGCAGAUUGUUGGAAAACGAAACCGGACGAGAGACCAACGUUCGGUCAGUUAGACGAACUGAUCAUCGGGCAGUUGGAAUCGUCUGUUCCCUCCAUCUAUUUGAAUAUGAACGAUCAAUGCGCGACAAUGGAUGAAGAAAGCGGUGCAAUCACCAAUCACAAUGUGCUGGUGGAAAGUGUGGACAGGGCUACUAUGGCUUAG